UACGAGGCUUGUACGCACCAUAUCAAAGUACCUCGCGCCGCUUGACGGCGCCAACCACACCUCCCUUUAAGCACACACCAGUCGGCGUCCACGCAACGCCAAACUGGAACCAGGCCGCCGGCGCAAGAUGGCCUCGUCAAGCCGCCGAGACUACCAAAACAUCCCCGCCGUCGACAUCGACGACGACGACCUGAUCGACCCGGACGAUGCGGACCUGAACACAUUCGACGACCCCCUGGGAACGGCAUCCUCCUCCUCCUCCCGCCCCGCCGUAAGCGGCACCAUCGGCUCCUCCUCCUCCUCCAACAACAACAACAACAGCAGCAACAACGCAGCAAACUCAUGGACGUCCCGCAUCCCAGGCGAGGACCGCGCGGCGCCGCUCUCGACCAUCGACGAGUCCGUCUGGGCCACGCUCCGCCGCGACCUGCUGGCGGUCUGGUCCAAGCUGCGCGAGGUGCUGUAUCCGCGGCACCUGUUCUACGCGUGGGGCGGGACGGCCCAUUCCCUGCGGGGCGCGUAUGCCAGUCUGCGGAGCGGCGGCGGGCUGGCGGGCGCCAGGGAGGAGCUGGCCGGCCUCGCGCGCGGGGUGAUGGAUGCCGAGAGCCUGCUCAGCGCGGAGCACCUGCAGGGCAGCGGGCUGCGAGACUGGGAUCUGUGGGGGCCGUUGGUCUUUUGCUUGCUGUUGAGCACCCUACUGUGUCUGAAGAGUCGGGAUACGCAGAGGGAGGUGGUGUUUAGUGGGGUGUUUGCCAUCGUGUGGAUUGGCAUGGCGGUUGUGACGGUGCAGAUCAAAUUGCUGGGUGGGAAUAUCUCGUUCGCGCAGAGUAUCUGCGUCAUUGGCUACACGCUGUUCCCACUCGUCAUCGCGGCAUUGCUAUCGGCGCUGAGCCUGCACUGGAUUGCGAGGAUUCCGGUGUACCUGGUGCUGGUGGGGUGGUCGCUAGCCGCGGGAGUCAGCAUCCUUGGAGGGAGUGGCGUGGUGAAGAACCGGGUCGGCCUGGCCGUCUACCCGCUGUUUGUCUUCUACCUGGGCCUGGGCUGCCUGUGCUUUAUCAGUUAACUGCUCGGUGGGACUAAACUCAAAAGACAAGUUGCGCUGUGGGUGGAAUUACUGGGACUUGGUGUUGGUCUGUAUUUUACAAUAUCCGUCGCAUUGUAAGACCUUCUUAUGCUGUGGACAUUGACAAUCGAGAAUCGACACGCUGGCAGCACGCAGCACGCAGCAGCUCAUGUCUGCUUAUCUCCCUUGUCCGGCUAUUUGUCAACGCCUCUUCAGGUGAGUAGGCUCUGUCAAAAAAUGUCACCGUUUGA